UUCUGGGAAGAGAAAAAGUAAGAGUUUUCGUAUACGUUGUUUGCAAACGAACGAAAUUGCACAAAUGGUGCACUCACUGCAGAAUACAUAUGCUAGAUUGUUAAAAUCUUGCGGCAAGGUCUCCUAAAAGGAGUGCCUUUAGUAAGAAAUUAUUCUUCUGGUAGUCAGCUAUAAAAAAAAUAUCAAAGAAUGACGGAGAAUCGGGGGAAUUUUUCAACUCCGACUAAUCAAGGUUCUAGCAGAUUUAAUUUUCAACAUUUGGAUUUUGGAUCUAUUAAUGAUGUUCAGAAUGAAAUGUCAGAAAAAAGAAGACAAUUCAAACUUAAUUUUCAAACACAAGGAAGUAAUAUACCACUUAAUAAUUCAACAAAUUCUUCUAUUUCUAAUUCAACUGGAACUGCAACUUGUUUACCAAUAUCUUCUCGUCCAAAUUUGCCUUUAUCUUUACCCAAACUACCAGUAAGAUCUUGUACUGCAGUUCCACAAGAAUUGCCUGAUAAAGCAAGGGAUAAGUUACGAAUGUGUCAGUCAAUGCAAAGUACUGGAAAAUUACAGCUAUCGCCAAAUACUGUAUAUGAUUUCACAAGUGAAGAUCUUCAAGAUCUAGGGGAAAUAGGACGAGGAGGAUUUGGUACUGUAAAUAAAAUGAUCCAUAGGAUAAGUGAUACUGUUAUGGCUGUGAAGAGAAUUCGUUCUACAGUGGAUGAAAGGGAGCAAAAGCAACUAUUAAUGGAUUUAGAGGUUGUAAUGAAGUCUAAUGAAUGUCCAUGCAUUGUGCAAUUUUAUGGAGCUUUAUUCAAAGAAGGUGACUGUUGGAUUUGCAUGGAACUCAUGGACACUUCAUUAGAUAUAUUUUAUAAGUUUAUUCAUGAGGUAUUAAAGGAAAGAAUACCAGAACGUAUUUUAGGAAAAAUUACAGUUGCCACAGUAAAGGCGUUGAAUUACCUCAAAGAAAAACUAAGAAUAAUUCAUAGAGAUGUAAAACCUAGUAAUAUUCUAUUAGAUCGACAUGGUAAUAUAAAACUUUGCGAUUUUGGUAUAUCAGGGCAAUUGGUAGAUUCGAUUGCACGAACUCGAGAUGCCGGAUGUAGACCAUAUAUGGCUCCAGAGAGGAUAGAUCCUCAACGUGCAAAGGGUUAUGAUGUUAGAAGCGAUGUAUGGUCAUUAGGUAUUACAUUAAUGGAAAUUGCGACUGGUUAUUUUCCAUAUCCGAAAUGGAAUUCAGUUUUUGAACAACUUUAUCAAGUAGUUCAGGGUGAUCCACCACGCUUAUCUCCUAAUGAAAAUGGAAAUCAUUUUACUAUGGAUUUUGUGAAUUUUGUGAAUACAUGUUUAAUUAAAGAAGAGACACAGCGGCCGAAAUACAACAAAUUAUUAGAACAUCCAUUUAUUAGAAAAGCAGAAGAAGACACUGUUGAUGUUUCAGCUUACAUAAGUGGUGUUCUUGAUAAUAUGGUUCUCAGGGGAUUGACGCCUUUUACUACUAAUCGGCAUUAAGUCGGAAAUAUAAGAUAAUACAUAUUUGUACCUUAAUUUCUAUAAUUUUUCAAAUCCUAAAUUUGAUUAUUGUAAAUGAAUAGAUUAUUUGCACUUCGAUUUAGUGUAGGUAGUAAAAUUAAUCAACAUCGAUCAUCGUCGAUAAUAAAUCAUUUUGUGUAGAAUCAUAUUAUCGUGUCACAAAGUUCUUAUAUACAUAGUAAUUAGAAGUGUUUUAAUAACAAGUUGACAUUUAUUAAAUAGUGUAUAGAAAACAAAUUCUAAAUCAGCUUUCUCAUUGAAACUAUAAUAUGGUUUCAGUGAAACACAUUUAUAAAGGUAUAAAAAAAGAUAUCUUUAUUAAUUGCAAUUAUUUAAAUGACGAUUUGUAAUAAAGUUAAAUUUUGUCAAUAAUUAAAAACUUCAAUGAUAUGUAAUGAUAUUGUAUGCAAUAUGUUAAAGUAAACACUACGUUUUAACUUUUUGUAAUUUCAUGGUAUAACUAUUGAGUCAAUCUAUUCAACGUAAGAAAGGAAGGAGGCAAAAUAUAAUUAUUCCUGUUGGAAUAAGUAAAAAGAAUAUGUAUUAAGAUUUAGUACAUUGUUUUAAUGUAUCUUUUAAUAAUGAAGAUAAUAAGAAAAAUUUCUUUUCACACAUAAUGUACUAUGAUCUAUAUUUAAUUUUUCUUAUUUCUUUUUUUUCUAUCAAUAUACAUGUAAAUAUAUUAAGUAAGAAAAA